AUAGAUAGAUAGAUAGAUAGAUAGAUAGAUAGAUAGAUAGAUAGAUAGAUAGAUAGAUAAUACAAGAACCAGUGCUUAUGGAAAUCCUAUUUUCUUAACUGUCUGCUUUGUAAUGGCUGGUUCAAGCUAAAGCUGUCUUGCUUCCCUUGUGCUCCUAAAGCAACAGAGAACGUUAUCAUUCCAAAACACAAAAAUAACUCCAUGCAAGAGGAAGACACGUGUUUGGUGCGCCAAGGAGACGGCAAGGCAUGCGAUAUUGCCAGAGCCUCUCUCGCUUUUUCCAAGAGCAUAGAAGCAUGCAGCCCGGGCAAGCCGCUGCGCCGCGUCAGCCCACGCCAAGAGACUCCGAAGAUGAUCGGAAGAUGAAGCCAGGUUGCUGCAUGCUCUAAAAUGCCCGGCUCCUCUCCCAUCUCUGUCCUGUGAUCUUUCCAUUCCUACCCCCACAGUCAACAGCCCCUCUGCUACCAUGGUCCAUACAGAAGGCAACGCUCUGCUGAAGGCCGUCUGGCAAGGCAAAUUCCGGCUUACUCGCUUGCUGCUAGAGGGAGGGGCCUACAUCAAUGAGGGCAACACCCAGGGAGAGACCCCCCUCAUUGCUGCCUGCAUAGCUCCCUAUGAGGAUCCUCAAAACAAGCCCCGCAUGGUGAGGUACCUCCUGGAGAAUGGAGCCGACCCAAACAUUCCUGACAAGACGGGGAAGUCUGCGCUGAUGCACGCUUGUGCUGAUGGUGCCGGGGCUAAGGUAGCCACCAUCUUACUGGAUCAUGGGGCAGAUCCCAGUGCCAAAGAUUAUUCGGGGGCAUCGGCUUUGGUUUAUGCCAUCAAUAAGGGGGACCGGGCAACCUUGCAGGUACUCCUGGAUGCCUGUAAGGCCAAAGGGAAGGAAGUCAUCAUCAUCACCACAGAUACGUCCCCCUCAGGGACCAAGAAGACCAAGCAGUACCUGAAUUCGCCACCAUCGCCAGGUAUCGAAGAUAAGCAUUCGCCUGCUCUGUGUAUGUCGCCCUCAGACAUUGAGGUGAGGACUGCCCAGUCUCCAGGGGGCAGUGAGAAGGAAGAGGAGAGAGACGUUUUCAACUUCACCAUGGCAACCAGACUCACCUGUAACCCCAUUCCGCAUAGCAAAGGGAAGGAAGGUGAGGAGAAAACCUCAGCGCUCCCACCCAAAGGCAGGCCCAAGCAACUGAAGAGGCUGAACUCAGAACCAUGGGGCUUGGUGGCUCCCUCUGUUUUGGCUCAUCAGGAAAAGGCUCGGACCCCAGAGGAAAGGAUGACGGCAGAGAUGAAUGGGUUGAGCCUCUCCAAGAGGCCGCCUUUGUCACGGAGGCACAGCAUGGAAGGCCAAGAGUCAUCCUGCUUCAAAAUGACUUCCCACCAUGCACUGGGAGAAGAAGUCUCUAGCCUGGAAGCAGCAUGGGCAGAAAAAGUCCAUUUCAGUCACCUCCACCAACCUCUCUCUCGGCGCAACACGGCUCCUGAAACCCAAGAAGGUGUCCCAGGUCCUGGCACACGGGGUGUGGCUCACCACAAGCUGAACUGCAUGGAGCAUCAUGAACCUGAUUCCCUCUGUCCAGACUCCAUCCCUGGCUCGCCUGAUUCAGGCCGCGUUUCCGUGGAGAGGAGGAAGUACAAUGCCUCCCCACUGACUCUGCCAGUCAGUUCAUCGCGGGAGAGUUUGGAAAGCAUUCCCAGUGCUGUCUCCCCCAACAUGAUAAGACGCAGGACCCCAGGCCUCCUUGAGAGAAGGGGCUCUGGCACCCUGCUGAUGGAUCAUAUUGCUCACACCCGUCCUGGCUUCCUACCCCCUCUCAAUUUCAACCCCCACCCUCCCCUCCGUGACAUCCGGCCCAAUGGAAAGCCUCCCUCACCAGUCCACAAGGGUCUGAUUCCAGUAGCCCCCACUUCCCCGAAGGCCAAGCGGCUUCUGAGGAGGCAUUCGAUGCAGCCGGAACAGAUGAAGCAGCUGGUGAGUUUUCAGAGCCUGAUCACACCUGGGGACUCCGUGGCCAGUUAAAAAGA